AUGGUAUGUGUGCUAUGCUAGAGCAACAGGAGUGGGGGAAUCCCCUCAAAAUUUUUGUUUCUGUGCGUCACUGAGGAGGCAUCAGCACGAAGGUUUUGACUGCGCUAUAUUUAGAAUAUAUUGAGUAGUAUCCCUUUAUGAGAAGUGACUGUGAACCAAGCCAUAGACUUAUCUUCUCUUCUGAGUUUAAGAAGGAGGCAGACAGAACUAAUUGUUUUGUUUUCUAAAUACAUCCACAACCCAGGAGCUUGAGGGAAGAUAUCUUAACAUGGUGACAAACACCUAUUUCACUGAUUAUUGAUAUUCAGGAAGCACAAAGCACCUAUAUAAUUGUACAACUAAACAAUAUGGAGAAAUUCAUUAGAUACUUUAUAUUGUUGAAAGAAACUACAGCAAUUAGUACGGAGAGCCCUCCAUCACAGGAUUUAAAAAUAGAGCAAGUUUCUAAGAAGAAGAAUGAGACAGUACUCAAAGGAAGCCUCUGGACCGAAUGUGCACUUGGCAAGCACAAAAAAACUAUCACCCUGACAUCUGUUGAAUUUCGAGAUGUCUAUCUAGUCAAUAUUUCCAUGUCAGAUAUCUCACAAAUAGGAUUUGAAGAAAUGGAACUGUUACUAGCAAUUACAACAUGCAAGGACAGGUUGAUCGUGUUUGAGGAUAAAAAUAACUGGUUACAAGAAGGCGUUCAAAUAAAAGUUAAUUCCUAUGUCUUCAUUAUAAAACAACCAGGUAUGGCUGAUGGGACCAUAGGCCUGGUGCGUUACAAGGGCGAAUUGCCCGCCCAAAAAGGAGUCUGGUUUGGGAUAGAAAUCAAAUCCUUUUCAGCAAGGGGCAAAGGAACUUCAGAUGGAGAAUUCAGAAGAAAAAAAUUCUUUGAUUGUCCCCCUGACUGUGCCCUCUUUGUGAACAUAAGUAAAGUCAGACUAUGUACCAGUAAACAAGCAAUUGAGAAUGCACUACGAAGACCAGCGGAUCAAAUAGGUGCCAAAGUUUACUCUCCACCCCCACAACUGAAAAUUGAGGAUCGAGUUGUGUGGAUGUCAGACGAUGGCCCUCAGUGGGGGUCGGUCAAAUGGAUAGGUGUGCUAGAAGACUCAAAAGAUGGAGAGUAUACUGUCGGAGUGCAUUUUGAUAAUCCAGUUGGUACAGGAACAGGAAAAUAUAAAGAUAAACAAUUAUUCAGAACGCCCCAUGGCCAUGCCUCUUUAAUACCAGUUUUGGGUUUAAUUAAGGCUGAUGAAUAUGGAGAAGCAGACCCUAACUCAUAUGGGGCAACAGGUGGUUACUAUGAUGACAUAAAGAAAAAAAAUACAACAGCUUUGUAUAAAGAACAAGAGCGUCUGUUAGAAGAAGCAAGAAGAAAAAAGUCAUCAGGGGCAACACAGGAAAAUGAUCUGAACAAGCCAACUGUUCGUAGAGGAACUCUCCCCAUGUCUGGCUCCAAAUCUUUACAUCCUGAUGGUAAUGUUGGCAGUCAUGAAGCCGGACGAACAUCGCCUCAUAACCCUAUGUAUGAGUUCUUCGCUCCAGAUGUUUCACCCAAACCAGUGAGCUCUAUGAGUGGUAUUAAGGGGCCACCAGACACUGUUUGCCAUGCUCCUCAAACAAGACCACAAAGGGGGUUGUCACAUACACAGAGCUCUUCUUUUCCACAAGGAAAUUCUAAAUACGGGCCAGUCCACAGGUUGGUCACCAGUACAAGCUCCGUACCUGGGACAGGGAGUAGCGGUGGAAGUGACGGCUGGAAGGAGCUGAGUGUCGGCUCCGUCGUCGAAGUUUUAGGAAACCCUCCGCAGUAUGGAGUCAUUCGAUGGAUAGGGACCAUUCCCGAAGCCAAAGACCCCACCAAAUUAAUCGCCGGAAUUGAAAUGGAAGAGGAAGGACCGGCCUGCACUGAUGGUGUAUUUGGUAAAAGACGACUGUUCACUUGUCAGCCAAAGAAAGCUUUCUUCACAUAUCUAACCAAGUGCAGGAAGGACCAGAGAUUUGCUGAAAGCUCUAAACUUGUGGACAGAAGUCAUAGUCAGACAUUCGGUAGUGAAGAAAGCCCAGACAUCCCAGGAAAAAUACCGCCCCCUGAGCAGGUCAGCCACGAGGUAGAGAAAUAUACGGGGAAACGUAAGGGAAUCCAGGGGCACCACAAUUCCUGUUAUCUGGACUCCACGCUCUUCUCCAUGUUCUCCUUCUCCUUUGUUUUUGACGAGUUACUGUUUCGUCCCAGGAACGGAGGGGACAUCUCGGAUUACCAGGAGCUUCAGACUGUGAUCAGGGAAGGAAUUGUCAACCCUCUGAGGCAGUCCUUCUACGUCCGAGCAGACAAAAUACUGAAACUGAGAGCAAUGCUGGACAGACUGGGCUCCAUCAAAGGAAUGAUGAGUGAAGAAAAAGACCCUGAAGAAUUCCUCAACCUUUUGCUGAGUUUGAUGAAAGCAGAUCCAUUCAUAAAGCUGAGCAAUGGCACGGAGUCUUAUCUGUACCAGCUGUUUCUAGAGAGAGACGAGAGACUGAGGUUGCCAACCACGCAAAACUUGGUGGAGCUGUCCUUCUUUCAAUCUAAUAUCAAACUAGCAGAGAUCCCAGCUUGUCUGAUCAUCCAGAUGCCAAGGUUUGGUAAGGAUUACAAGAUGUAUGAUAGAAUACAGCCUUCACCGUACCUGGACAUUACUGACAUCAUGGAGAAUGGUAUAAGAGAAUGUAACAUCUGUGGAGGACUUGCUGUGUAUGAGUGUAAGGAAUGCUAUGAACAUUUUGGAACCAGCCUCAGCAAACUGGCCUUCUGUGAAGACUGCAAAUAUGUGACUCAUAAACAUGUCAAAAGGUCCAAGCACCAGCCUAAGGAGAUAAAGGUCUCAAAGGACUACUUGGACUAUUUAGAGGACUUGAACCGAGCAGGAAAACCCACAGAUUCAGAACACCUACCAAUUCCAAGAGAAACUAUGGAGCUGUUUGCCAUUCUGUGCAUUGAGACCUCCCAUUAUGUGGCAUUUGUGAAAGCUGGAUGUGAUCCCGACGCUAUCUGGAUGUUCUUUGAUUCCAUGGCAGAUAGAAUGGGGGCAGAAUCGGGGUACAACAUCCCCGAGGUCCGUGUUGUAGAAGAGCUCCCACUGUGGCUGUCACCAGAAAUGCAGGACAACAUCAAUUCCAUAAAGCAGGACAAGGAUCUACCAGGCAUGAUGCGAAGAGUGCUGUGCGACGGCUACCUUUGCUUCUACCAGAGCCGCGAUGUCAUGAUGUACAAGUGACCAGUCUUGAGGGUGAAGUUUCUUUGCUAUACUACAUCCAAGUAGUAUUAAGGCAUCGAAUCCUGAUAGCU